AUGAAUGCCACUCCAGCGCUUGGGUAUGCGCCUGGCGUAUCGCUGGCCCCGCAAGAACACCAAGCCUCUCCAACAGCAGCCAGUUUUGGCUCCAAUAACCCUUUCCGGAAUCGCGCUCUUUCGCCCUCAGUUGCUGGAUCUGUUUCAUCAAACCGCCCGGAACGCCCGCGCUCAACAAAUCCAUUCUUAGACGACACUGAAGCGUUGUCUCCGCAGUCGGCCCCUGGAAUGUCGACCGGCGCCAGUAUGAUCUCUCCGAUUGAGAAGACCGAUAUUUCGAGCAACACUCGGGAACUCUUUGAGUCUCUCUCCCUCAAGCCUGCCUCCCAGUCAAAUCGUCCUCCCGUAUCGGAUGCCACUCAACGCACUUUCUCAAAUCGCAACAGACCCCCAAGGGAGCGCUCAGAGCGUCCACCAGGACGAUCGGCCCCGAAAAUGAAAGAUCCGCUCGACAUAUUCGCUGAUCCCCCUACUUUGUCUCAAACCGCCAAGGACAAGGCGCCCCGUCGUCCCCGACGGAACUCGGAGUCUUCGGUAAUGGACCGAAGCUCGAAGUUGUUAGAUCUUGAUGACGACGACAAGCGCCGACGCGAACGACGUCGCGAGCGUGAGGGUCGUAGCAAAGAUGGCAAAUCGCGGUCGGGCCGCAAAGAUCGACGACUGGAUAUCAUUGAUAAGUUGGAUGUGACGAGUAUCUAUGGGACUGGAAUGUUCCACCACGAUGGUCCGUUCGAUGCCUGCAACCCCCACCGCAAUCGCCGCGGUGUACGUACCGCGCCAAUGCAAGCCUUCCCCAAAGGUUCCACCAACAUGGCUCUGGGCGGCACAGGCCCCAACAACUCUAACAUCGAUCUCAACCUUUUCCAUGGCAGGAUGGAGGAAGGGCACAAUGAUUUCUCCACCGCUGCGCGCCGCAAUCCCGAAACGGCCGUCAUUGAUCCAACUGCUCGAGUCGACCCGAUCCAUGGACCCCAGAGUAUGGGAUUGGGAACCAGCACUUUCCUCGAUGGAGCUCCAGCUAGUCGGUCUGCCAUGGCACGCCGCCAGAGCGAGAAUGAAGGCACUCCAGCAGCAAAUGGUGGCGGGCUUGCGCGAAAGAAGAGUUUGGCCCAGCGACUACGUGGACGAGCUGCUGGACCUGGCCGCAUUAAUUCUCCAACUGAUAACUUCCCCCCACCUCCGCCACAGGUGAGCUCCAGUCAUUCUACAUCCGCCCGGAGCAACGAAAGAAACCCCUACUUCCAAGAAGAAGAUGAAUAUGAGGAAGAGUGGGACAAGAAGGGGUCGAGUAUCGAAGCUCGUAUUGGAGGCGGCCGACUUCGAUCGUCUAGCAGUCCCAAGCAAACCACUGGAUUGGAGCGUAAGACCACCAACGACCGACCCUACGAAGAGUCAAAGCUUAACCCUGGUGGUGGAUUUUUGAACCGGAUGAAGAGUCUGCGCAAACCGAAGCCGGAAAGACGUACUAGCGAUUGA